CCCGGAAGGCGGCGGGCGGUGCGGGCCAUGGCGGCGCUGGGCGGGCGGGCCGGGGCCGCGCUGCUCCGGCGGCGGCCGCUGCCGGGGCUGGGAGCGGGGCCGCGGCGGUACCGGUACAAGGAGAAGUGGGCUGCCACGGCCCCCCGCAUCCCCCCCACGCGCCUGGCCCUGCACCACUUCGACAUCAACUACAGCCUGCAGCUGAAGGAGCUGUGGCCGUCUGUCCGCGCUGGCCUGCUCUGCGAGCAGAAGUAUGGCGCCCUCCUCAACAACUUCUCUCUCCCUGACCACGUCACCCAAGAGCUGGAACUGCUGAACGCCACCGAUUUUGUUUCCGAAGCCACCAAAAAGGCGCGGAGUGUUGCAGCUGCGGAGGAAGCGGGGAGAGGGAAAAGCAGCGAGGGCAGAAUGGUGAUGCAGGUGGAGACAAUGACACAGGCAGAGAUGUCACCGCCACUUCGUGCCUCCAUCAGCUCCAACAUCAAGUGCUACACCUUCCCCAGGGGCGACAUCACGCGCUUUCGUCCUGCACGGCCAAACACUCUGGGUAUCCUCGACUAUUAUCUGAUGGAUGCAGCAUCUCUCCUGCCCGUCCUGGCGCUCAACGUGCAGCCCGGUGACUUUGUCCUCGACCUCUGCGCGGCUCCAGGUGGCAAGACUCUAGCUCUGCUGCAGACUGGGGCUUGUGGGCGUCUGGCAGCCAAUGACAUCUCCAUUUCCCGGACAAAAAGGCUGCACCAGAUUCUCCAUAGCUACGUGCCCAAAGAAAUCAGGGAAACUGUGAGCGUCACGUCCUGCGAUGGAAGGGACUGGGAGCGGCUGGAAGGUGGCACUUUCCAUAAGGUACUGGUGGACGUGCCCUGUACGACGGACAGACACUCCGUCAUGGAGGACGACAACAACAUCUUCCACAAGAGACGGACCAAGGAGCGCCAAAUGUUGCCCAUGCUGCAGCUGCAGCUACUGAUGGCUGGGAUCCUCGCCACGAGGCCGGGAGGAGAGGUGGUGUACUCUACGUGCUCCCUCUCCCCGCUGCAGAACGAGCAUGUGAUCGAGAGAGCGAUAGAAAUCGCAGAAACCCAGUUUAACGUCGCUCUCCGCGUUGAGGACUUGAGCCGCUUUCGGACGCUCUUCCAGGACACGUUUUCCUUCUUCUCAGAUUGCCGGCUGGGGGAGCUGGUUCUGCCUCACCUCACAGCCAACUUUGGACCUAUGUAUUUCUGCAAAUUAUGUCGGAUGUAGGAGGAGUGACAGACUAUGCUGGCUAUCAGGAAAUACCCCAAAUGUCCAGGGAAAGCAAAACUGCUUUAUAUUUAUUUUUCUUUUUAAAAUGUCCCGAAGGAAAUCUGCUUUUUUACUGCAGACAUAGAGAAUAAAUUAGAAAGACUCACUAUGGAGUCUCCUAAA